UUACAUGCAAGGACAUCAAACGGCACCGUCGGCGUGCCCGCCAAUCCUUGGGCCAACGGCUUCGGCCCAACGGGCCCAAAAGAAAUAAUCGAACCAAUUUUUCAUGCGACUCGACCUGAGAGCGGACAUGGGCAUGAUGGCAUCUAAGGUCGGACGGCGAGGCAAAGCUCUCAAUCUAUCUAACCUCAACGGAUCUGAAAUUGAUUGCUCCCGAUCUACGAAUUCGGCAUUCCUGUCCUAGAAAAGGUGCAGGCGGCCCUCUGAACUGAACUUCGAAGGAAGCGAGGAAUCAUUCAUUCAUUCGCUCGCCCGCCCGCCCGCCACAAUAUUUGGCAUUGAGAGCGAGAGAGAGAGAGAGAUCAGUUCCAUAGAUUCUCGACGGCGAUGGAGGUUGAACUGAAAGAGAUGCUUGAUGAGCUGGAGUCGCUCAAGGGAUCACUUCCGGAUCCUCCUAAUGCUUCCAUCGACAAGCUUCAAUUGCAUAUAAAACGUCUCACAGAUCUUGCGAAAUCUGCACCAGUUCGGCGCUCAAAACUCAAGGAUAUGAGUGCAGAGGUUGUAGAUAGCAACCCUUACAGCAGGCUCAUGGCACUUCAAAGGAUGGGAAUUGUGGAGAACUAUGAAAGAAUACGAGAGUACUCUGUUGCCAUAGUUGGAAUUGGCGGUGUAGGCAGUGUUGCUGCAGAGAUGCUGACAAGAUGUGGUAUAGGCCGUCUUCUGUUAUAUGAUUAUGAUAAAGUGGAGUUGGCAAAUAUGAACAGGCUAUUUUUCCGUCCUGAGCAGGUUGGAAUGACAAAGACUGAUGCUGCUGUUCAGACUCUUCAAGAUAUAAACCCUGAUGUGGUACUUGAGAGUUAUACAUUAAACAUCACAACGGUGCAAGGAUUUGAAACUUUUAUGUCAAGUUUGAGAAAUAAGACCUUUCGGCUGGAGAAAGAAGGCAGCGGAGUGGAUCUUGUUUUAAGCUGUGUUGACAAUUAUGAAGCUAGGAUGGUUGUUAACCAGGCUUGCAAUGAAUUGAAUCAAACUUGGAUGGAAUCUGGUGUUUCUGAGGAUGCUGUUUCAGGUCACAUACAGUUGCUGAUUCCUGGAGAGACUGCAUGUUUUGCAUGUGCGCCACCUUUGGUUGUAGCAUCUGGAGUAGAUGAACGUACCCUAAAACGCGAGGGAGUCUGUGCUGCAUCUUUGCCUACUACUAUGGGUGUUGUUGCUGGGCUGCUUGUUCAAAAUACAUUAAAAUUCUUACUGAAAUUUGGGCAUGUUUCACCGUACUUGGGAUAUAAUUCUCUCAAAGACUACUUCCCAACAAUGGAGAUGAGACCAAACCCACAAUGUUCAAAUGGAGCAUGUCUAGAACGACAGAAAGAGUACCUUCUUGCCAAGCCAGCUAGGGAUGCUGCUAAAGCCAAAAUGGAGGCAGAAACAUUGUCAGCUGCCGAAGGCCCCCUUCAUGCUGAUAAUGAGUGGAACAUAAGUGUUGUUGAUAAUAGCGAGAUUGAUGUGAAGGCUGCUGCAAGUUCAGAUACUCUACCUGUAGGACUUACUCGAGAGCUUCCUAGUGCUGAUGAGUACCCGAAGUUGCCUGCUACAGGACCAGCUGAUAUGUCUGUGGAUGACCUCGAAGAACUGAAGAAGCAAUUGGAAGCUCUUAAUGCCGAUUAAGGUUCCAUAUCGAGCCUCCAGCUCAUUGUAUCUUGGAGAAAUUCCUAAGAGAUUUUGAGUAAUUUAAUAACUGCUAUAGAGACAAUGUUUUGGCCCAAAGGAAAGUCCAUAUGGGUUUGAGGUAUGGAUAGAAAUUAGAGCUGACUUUAAUUAAGAAAUUGGCAUCAGCGAAUUCGUCCUAACCUUUUACUGUACAAUCAGAAGAAACUCGAAGGUCAUACUUGUUUCCGUUCUAUAGUUUUACAAAUUUA